AAGAAAGAAUACAAUUUUUUUUUAAAAAAAAUACCCUAGUCGGAUUCCCCAAUUCCGACUAGGUAGUUGAUUUUUUUUUUAAAUUAGAAUACCAUUUAUUAUAAAUGAGAGUGAUUUAGGAUUUCAAUUUUUUUUUUUAAUAAAAUACCCUGGUCGGAUUUCCCAAUUCCGACUAGGUAGUUAAAUUUUUUUAAAAUUAGACUCCAAUUAUUAAAAGAACGAAUACAAUUUUUUUAAAAAAUUUUACCCUGGUCGGAUUCUCUAAUUCCGACUAGGUAGUGUAUUUUUUUUUUUUAAAUUAGUCUAGUCGGAUUCCCCAAUUCUGACUAGGUAGUUAUGGAUUUUUUUUUGCGCAACCCUAAUCUCCAGUCGGAAUUGGGGAAUCCGACUCCCGUGUUUUGGUAACCCGUUUUUUGGAAUGUCAGACUCGAAAGUCCCGUUUUUUGGUAAUUCCUUCCAUAAACUUCACCUUUUUGGAAUAAUGGAAAAUUCUAUUUGCAAAACCAAUAAAAAACAAAAAACUAGCGUGUAAGGAUGUCUUUACUUGGACUGUAAUUCGUACUAAACUGUACCAGACUAGACCAGAUCUGACCAGAUUAAUUCAGACCAGACCAAACCAGAUAUGGAUAGUUAUAAAAAUACAAAGAUAUCAGACAUUACCAGACCAGAUCAGACCAGACCAUAUCAGACUAGCAGAUUACGUUGCCGUAACUUUUCUUAAGGAAGAAAGAGGGAAAGAGAUGAGGAAUAUGUGGAAAAUGUGAAAUAGACGUGUUACCUCUUAGAACCAUAUAAUAUCAUUCAAGACUUCCAAGUGAGUACUUUUCCAAGUCAUUGUUGGGUAUAUAAUUGAAAGCUCCGUACGAGGCUCGGAGCCACCACUUCAAUCCUCAAUCAAUAUACUUCGUAUACUCCAUUAUUGGUAAAAGUGAUCACAUACCAAACCUUGUAUUAUCGGAAUAUCCGAACCUGCAGAACAGUCCACUUCUUUUUCUCACCUACGAAAUAUCAAUGGCGAGUGGGGCCCAAAGGGAGUAUCCACCACCUCAAGAAACGGCCGUUCUUUCACCCCAAGAAUCCCAAACGCUGCCCAAUCUUCCCCCAGAAAUCAUCACAGAAAUCCUAACAAGAUUGCCCGUGGAAUGUCUCCUGCGAUUCAUAUCCGUUUCGAAAUCAUGGCGAUCCUUGAUCUCAAGCCAGCGCUUUGUCAUCGCCCAUGGGGAUAUCUCCGACCAGAAACACGAAAACCGGCGACUCCUCCUCCUUGCUUCAGUCUCCGGCCAGGGCAGAAUCUGUUCCAUUCAUUCCUUUUCCAGAGAGAACCCCUCUCUGGUUUUACCCAAUCUCAGCCGUUUGUCCAGUUCUCCCUGUAAAUCUCCGAGAAUCUUAGGUUCUUGUAAAGGGCUGAUCUGUCUCUCCACUGUUGCUCUCAAACUGCUCAUAUGGAAUCCAUCAACAAGAAAGUCCUGGGAAUUCCCAGAUUUCUGGGUUCAGAGAAAGACUGGAUGCUAUGUCAGAUAUGGGUUUGGUUUCGAUGAACACACAAAAGAUUACAAACUCAUAAAAGUCUCCAGUUUUGACCAAUCUGGGGGUAGAUAUGGCAAUGAAGUCCAGUCUUAUAGCUUAAAGACUGAUUCUUGGACUAUAAUGUCUGGGUUUAGCAGUGGGUAUAUAAACGGAAAAUGCGGGGUCUUUCUCAAUGGAGCUCUUCACUGGGAAAUCCGCCACGCGGAUGAUUUCUGGGAAAUUAUUGCCAUUGAUCUGAGUAUAAUGGAGGGCAGCUAUAAGACCAUAUCAAUUCCUCAAAUCCUUCAAAAUGGGAAAUUUCGCUUGAAAUUAGAGGUUCUGGAUGGUAAACACCUGGCAGCUUGUUACAUAUCUUCUGCAGAGAAGAUGGUGGAUGUGUGGGUGAUGAAGGAGUAUGGGCUGGUUGAAUCUUGGACUAAAGUUUCUUCUGUCUCUUUGCUGCCUUAUGGAGAUUUUAGAGGUUAUGUGUCUGUGGUGUAUAUGUCAGAAAAUGGGGAUGAGUUUUUGCUCAAGCUUGGAACAGAGCUGGUGUUUUACAGGUCUGCCCAUGGUGGUUCCUUCAGGAAACUGGAGGGGUAUGACUACAAGUCUGCUCUUGAACUUCAAUCAGCAACCUACUGUGAGAGCUUGGCUUUGCUUGACAAUGGCGAUUCCAGCCGAAAAUUAAGCAAGGAGACAAGCGUAAUUAAAGAUCUAUAAUGGGAUAAUUUUAUGAGGAAUAAACAUUUAUAAAUAGUCAAGCAUGUUUAAUAAAUUUAGUAAAUAAUAAUAAUUGGCUUUUAGUACAGGGGUAAACUGCGUACAUCCGACCCCCUUACCCCACCGUAGGUGGGAGCUUUUGCGGCACUGGGGUAAAUGAAAAUGUUGAAGAAUUGGCCUUUGCUUUGUAAAACAUGUAGUAAUGUGUGGAUUAAACAUGUAUGUCUCACCUAAUUAGUGUGUCUUAGUCUAAUUAAUUACUUCCACUUUUGGUAAUACCCACAACUAAUUUUCGAUCCCAGCCAGUUUAGUCUUGAUGUGUUCAUUUUCUGGUGUAGGAUAAUGAUCUAUCACACAUUUCUAUAAAGAAAAUUGGUUCAAAUAAGACUAAAAUAUAAACAAAGCUCAUAACUUAAUAACUUAUAGUAUGUUUUAGAGUCCAUGUGACUCUCUUUUUCGGCUAAUCAGGUUUAACAUGUAAUUUUUUAUUUCACACGCUAAAUUGUGUAAGAAUAAAAAAAAGUAAAGUUGCAGAUACUUUCAUGACUGUAAUGACUGUAUUGAUUGAAGUUACUGCAGAUGAUGAUUUUAGUCUUUUUUCAUAUAGUUUUUUUUAUUAAUAAAAUAUAUUAUAUUUCAAAUA